GAAAACAAACAGAAAAGUUUUCUUUCUCUUCCAUUAGGGAGGGACUUAUAUAAUUUGGGGGUUAGGGUUUCUGAAAUUUUCGAUUCAAUUGCAAAAAAAAAAAAUUGGAGCUUUUCUCAGAUUCGUUGGAGAUUCACUUAGAUCUGCUUCCAUAAGGUGGGGGCAGUUGCCAGUAAAUAUUACUAGCUAGAGGCAAGUCCAAAGGGCUCUUAUUUAGAAAGGUUCCCUACAUUAUCAAAAAUCAAAAAGAAAAAGAGUUGGAGUAGUAAAUCUUUGGGUCUAAUGCAAGUUUGAAAUUCAGGAAGAAAAAUCAAAUGGUGGUUUUGUCAGUGAAACCCUUGUUUAUUAUCCUGGUGGUGUUUCUCUCUCUCGUCCUUGCCAUAGUUUUGCUUUUGCCUCCUUCUCCAUUUUCCCAGACCGUGCUUUCUUCCAAUUUAACACUAGGGACAUCGGACAUAUGGAGUGUCCGGAGGAUGGUGGAGUGGAGGCCUUGCAAGUGGUGGCUACAAGGACACCUAAGUGACAAUUGCAUUGGUUUUUGUUUAAAAUGCUGCAGCUUUGCCACUUGAGAAUAAUGGAUACAUCCGAGUUGAUUGCUAUGGUGGGCUCAAUCAGAUGCGAAGAGAUUUAUGUGAUGGUGUUGGUAUUGCCCAUUUGUUAAAUGCAACCUUGGUUUUGCCAAAGUUUGAAGUGGCUGCAUAUUGGAAUGAAUCAAGUGGUUUUGCAGAUGUAUUUGAUGUUGAAUACUUUAUUCAACAGAUGAAUGGGUUUAUUAAGGUUGUUAAAGAGUUGCCACCAGAAAUUGCAUCAAAAGAACCUUUUCGAGUAGACUGUAGCAAACGCAAAGGCCAAUUUGAUUACAUUGAAACUGUUCUUCCAUCCUUGCUGGAACAUCAUUAUAUUUCAAUUACACCAGCAAUGAGCCAAAGAAGAGAUAGGUAUGCUCUGUAUGCAAAAGCUUCCCUUUGUCAAGCUUGUUACAGUGCGUUGCGCCUCACUAGAUCCUUGGAGAACAAGGCUUCUGAGCUCUUAGAAGCCAUACCCAAACCCUUUCUUUCACUUCACCUUCGAUUUGAACCUGACAUGGUAGCAUACAGCCAAUGCGAAUACUCAGGUCUUUCUCCAUAUUCUGUCAAAGCCAUUGAAGCAGCACGAGGAGAUAGAAAACCAUGGACUGGAGAGUUAGCCCACGUCUGGAGAAAACGGGGAAAAUGUCCUCUUACCCCUAAUGAGACGGCCUUCAUACUUCAAUCACUUUCCAUUCCAACAGACACAAAUAUAUAUUUGGCAGCUGGGGAUGGUCUGAUGGAAAUUGAAGGCUUAACAUCUGUCUACACCAAUGUAGUUACCAAGUCUAGCCUCCUAAGUGAUGAGGAUUUCACAAGAAUGCACGGGAACACAAAAGCUGCAUUGGAUUAUUAUGUGUCUAUUAAUAGUGAUUCUUAUGUGGCUACAUAUUUUGGAAAUAUGGAUAAGAUGGUUGCAGCAAUGCGAGCUUUUAAGGGCUUGUAUAAAACCCUUUUCUUAAGCAGAAGAGCUUUUGCAGAGUUCACUUCCCAAGGUUUUAGUGGGAAAGAUCUGAUGCAAGCCCUGUGGAAGGCUCAUCUAGAUGAUUAUGUCAUGGGGAGAGGUUCUGCUUUGCCUGACUGCUUUUGUGAGUUCAAAUUGUGAUUUCAGUUUCAUCUUUCUUGCCAUAUAUUGUAUUUCUUCAUUUUUUGUAUGUGAUAUGACUCUAGAAGCAGAUUUUUUGUUAGGUGUUUCUAUAAUUUAGGGCUUGUAGAAUAAAAAGUUUUCCCCUAAUAUCUUGUUUUUACAAGUUCUAACGUUAUUGACUGACUUUAAUUAUGUAUCUCUUGGCCAAAGUUUGGGCAUUGCACCUAACCA